UAAUCAACUGCUAUGCGUGACUGUAGACUAAAAUAAUCCACAUGGAAAUUUAAAUCAGUGAAAAAAAUUCUGGGUUGAACUUUUUUUUAUUAACAUAUACUUGAAAUGAUGCGCAAUAAGUGAAGGAAAAAAUAAGUACUAUUGUAUAACCGUACAAUAACUAACAUAUUUGCAUACAUAAAUAUCUUAGUUUAUAGGUUUUCCUAAGAGGAAAGUAAUGAUUACAAGGUCAACUAAUUUACUAAACAGAAUAAUCGAUAUUGAGAUAGAGUACCACGAUAUAAAGAUUUAUAUGUUUUCAGUGAUAUUGUACAGAAAUUGAUGGAACAUGUGUGGGAAAGAAUGAUCCGCAUUGGGAUAACUAUACUGUGAUACGUGUCGGCAAGGGAAUGGUGGAAGAGUUUUCGUUAAGGCAAAAUCGAAUUGGGAUCGAGAUAGACAUUUCUCGUCUCUCUCCUUCUCCCUCGCGGCGAUCGAAAUGGCGAUUUUGCUCUCAACGGCACAUCUCCUUCGUGACGGUUCUCCCGUCGACGAAUCUCCUCCCAAGUCGUCUCUUCUCGACGGAUCUCCUCCUGAGGCAUCUCUCGGCGGUUCUCACCAUAGAUCUCUCGGCGCAUCUCCUUCUCUCUCGAUUCUCUCCGCGGAUCUCUCAACCGUUCUCUCUGUGAUUCGAAAGUUAAAGGGUGAGGUGAGGUUCGAUCACCAGGAUUGUAUUAGCAAGGAGAUCAAAGAGAAACAACCAUUUCCUCCACAGUUGAAGGUAAACUUCUUUCUCUUCAGCUCGAAAGUAAUGUAGUUUGUAUAAUAGUUAAAACGUCUAGUUUUGUUUCUCUGUUUUGUUUGCGACCAAAGCGUUUAGUUUGUAUAAUAGUUAAAGCGUCUAGUUUGUUUGCAAGGCCACACUUUCUUGGUAGUGUCGAGUCUGUUUUGAUUGUGACCAAAGCAUGUAGUUUGUUUGCAAGGCUAGUUUGUUUGGUAGUUAAUGCACUUGUAGUUAGGUAAUUAUGGUUGUGUAAUGUGUAGUAACUGAGAUGUACUUUUGUAGUUAGGUCAUUAUGGUAGUUUUAAUUACCAUUUUCAACUAUUUAACCCCUCUUUCACAAUUUCGAUUUAAUCUCCAUCAUCUUCUUUCUCUUUUCUCUGGUAUAACUCUAUCACAUUCCUUCUUCUAUUCUUUUUUCACUUCUAUCUUCUUUAUUUUAUGGAUCCAAGGAUUCCGUAUAGCCAGUCUACUGGCUAUACGGGACUUCUUUACAGUCAACACGAAAGUGUUUAUGAUGGGAACUCUCCUUAUGAGAGUUUUCCUUCUGGAUCUUCACAGAUCCCUCAAUUCAGUUCUCAACAGUGUGAGGCUCCAACUCCACCCACACAUCCACCCGUAGAGCGUGGGAGGAGACAUAAAUGGACCCCAGCCGAGGACGAGAUGCUGAUCAGUGCCUGGUUAAAUACCUCUAAGGACGCUAUAGUCGGCAAUAACCAAAAAUCAGGCACUUUCUGGAAACGAGUUGGAGAUUAUUUCUUCGCAGCUCUUUCUGGUGGAGAUUGUGUUGAAAGUAGCGAGCAUGUCCACUAUAAGCAGAGGUGGCACAAAAUCAGUAAUGACACAUCCAAGUUUUGUGGUGCAUAUGUGGCUGCAGAGAGACAGAUAUCUAGUGGUCAGCAUGAGAACGAUGUACUCAAGGUAGCCCAUGAAAUAUUCUUCACGGAUCAGGGGUCCAAAUUCACUCUGGAGCAUGCGUGGUGUGUGUUGAGGUAUGAGCAGAAAUGGCUCAACCUGAACAGCACUAAAGCUUCUGAAAGUUCAAAGAGGAAAACCGUUGAAUCAGAUUCCCAAACUUCAACCACAAGUGUUGGUGAAGAAGAGAUACGCCCUGAAGGUGUAAAGGCUGCAAAAGCUAAACGUAAUGCAAAUGAGAAGUCUGUUGAUUACUAUACGACGGUACUUGAACUGAGGAAGGUGGAUUUGGAUAGGAAAGAAAAACUCCAGAAGCUUGCCAUCUUAGACACUCUCCUAGCCAAAACCCAGCCACUCAGUGAGGCUGAAGAAGCAGCCAAAAACAAGCUCCUCGCCGAGUAUAUUUAGAGAAAUAUCUGCUACAACCUUUGUGUGUUUUCUGUCAGUUUGGUUUGUAUGGUUUUAAUGUGAACGGUGUCUAUGUUUUUAAAGCUACAACUUUCCUGGUUGCUUUGUACUAAAACCUUUAUCAAUUAAUCUAUUAUGUUUACUUGCUUGUAUGAUGUUUAUUUGCUUGUAUGUUUAGCUACUAUAAAUGUCCAUCUGUAAUAUGAAUGUCCAUGUCUAAUUUUUAUCUUGUAAUUUUUUGCAGUUUUCGGAUUACACAUGGGUCUUGAUUACAGCUAUUCACAACCUUCACAGGAUGAGACGUUUGGUGGGGCUGAGUCAGACAGUGACUACAACGAAGUCGAAUCUCUCAUUCAGCAAGACCAAGCUCAGUUAGACCAAGCUCUCAUUCAGCAAGACCAAGCUCUCAUUCAGCAACACGAAGCUCUCAUUCAGCAAGACCAAGCACAUGCGUUUGUGUACCCUCCACAGCCGGAGGUUGAAUUCGGAUUUCCACAAAUAUGCUACUGUGGGAGUGAACCGAAGAUAGCUACGUCUAGCAUCGAACCAGGUCGCAGAUACUACACAUGUACAAAUGCAAACGAUGGAGAGUGUCAUGUGUGGAAAUGGUGGGACGAGGCUGUAAUGGAGGAGAUGCGAGCCAGGGAUAGGCACACAUUUCAGUUAGCCGAGAAGGUAGAUUCUCUGACCCUCUUCAAUGACCAUGUUACUGAGCAGAAGCUCGUUAGAUUAGAGAACAUGGUGUGUGAGUUGGCCAAGAAUAAAUCAAAGUCUAGCUUAGAUUACUUCGUUGCGGUUAUGGUUAUGGUCUUAAUUUUCAUAGGUGUCAUCCUCGUAUUUCUCUAAUUUGUUAUGGUUAUGGGAACUUCUUUGUAAUGACUUCGGAUUUGUGAUGUAUGGUUGACAUUUGUGAUGUAUGUGUACCUAAUAGUUUAUGACAUUGAAACAAUAUGCAUGUUUAAAAUUCAGAAGAAGUGAACCUAUAAAGUAGUUGAAAAUGUCAGGAGACAAACAUGUUGUGUACCUAAAAAGUAGUUGAAAGGUUCACAAGACAAACAACAGACAAUCACAACAUUGUAACUUCAUGAGCCUAUAAAUGUGACGGACAUAUUCUCGUUAAAAUUACAACUCCUCUACUUCUUUCUUAUAUUAAAAACAUUGCCUUCUUUUUUUCAUUCAAAAUGGCUUCUCUUCACAUUAUCAUUAUAACCAAAAUGACGAUGAUGUUGAUCCAUUUGAAAAUAUUUUUGAAGAUUUCUUACAAAUCCCAGAUAUUAUUCCCAAACCGAGAGAGCGAAAAACACGUAUCUUUAUUGAGAGAGAGCAGGAAGAAGGCCAGGACCAGCUUUGGAGUGAUUAUUUUAGCGAGACUCCAACAUUCCCGCACAAUAUUUUCCGGAGACGGCUUCAAAUGAACAAGACAUUGUUCUUGCGUAUUGUGCAUUGUCUCGAGCAAGAAGUGGAUUAUUUUAAACCAUCACAAGAUGCAACCGGUCGGUCUAGCCUAACCGCGCUCCAAAAAUGUACCGCAGCAAUUCGUCAGUUGGCGUAUGGUGGUGGGGCUGAUACCGUUGACGAAUAUGUCCGACUAGGUGAAACCACAACUAGAAAAUGUUUGCACCAUUUUACCAACGGAAUCAUCCACUUGUUUGGCGAUGAAUACCUUAGAUGUCCUACACCGGAGGAUCUGCAAAGACUACUAUAUAUUGGAGAACAACGUGGAUUUCCAGGAAUGGUUGGAAGCAUCGACUGUAUGCAUUGGGAGUGGAAGAAUUGUCCAUCCGCUUGGAAAGGAAUGUAUUCACGAGGAACCGGAAAACCAACAAUUGUGUUGGAGACGGUGGCUGAUUACGACCUCUGGAUAUGGCAUGCGUUUUUUGGAACACCAGGUACUAUGAACGAUCUUAAUAUUCUUGAUCGAUCACCUGUUUUUGAUGACAUUAUUAACGGAAUAGCACCAAAAGUCAACUUCUAUGUUAAUGGUUAUCCGUACCAUUUGGCCUAUUAUCUCACUGAUGGGAUUUAUCCUGACUGGGCGACUUUUAUUCAAUCUAUCCGUCUACCACAAAGUGAGAAACAUUCAUUAUUUGCUAAAACCCAAGAAGCUGUACGGAAAGAUGUUGAACGUGCCUUUGGAGUCCUGCAAGCUAGAUUAGCCGUCGUCAGAAAUCCAUCUAAUUUAUGGGAUAAACAAAAAAUAGGAAAUAUUAUGAGAGCAUGUAUCAUCCUCCAUAAUAUGAUUGUCGAGGAUGAACGGGCAGCAAGGACACAAUAUGUGGUUCCUGGAUUUGAAGAAAGUGAAGAGGAAAGAUUUUCCGUCAAUAUGCCUUCGCCUCUCGGCAAUACAAUGGAUCGUCGAACGAACGUUCGCAAUAGACAAGCUCAUCAUAAUUUAAAAAAUGAUUUGAUUGAAAAUAUAUGGACCAAAUUUGGACAUUUUCCAAAUAACAUGUAAUUUAUAAGUUUUUAUGA